CGUUUGAGACAAAAAAACAAAAUGAAAACGAAGAUACUAAUUUUAGCAUAGGCCGCAAAUUCGAUCUCAUCGCCGCUAUAAAAUCGGCAUUCUUGGCUCUUAGAGUUGAUAAAACAAAAAGACCCAGAAUUUGUUGAGACCCUUUAGACGAUAAUCAAUGGCGGCCUGUGUGAUAAGGGUGGCACAGGAUGGUUCCGGAGACUACGGGACGGUACAGGAGGCAAUUGACGCUGUUCCACUAUGCAACAAGUGUCGAACUAUCAUUCGCGUGUCGCCGGGAAUCUACCGGCAGCCGGUGUAUGUCCCCAAGACCAAGAAUCUCAUCACUCUCGCCGGUCUGCGCCCAGAGGACACUGUGCUCACCUGGAACAACACCGCCUCUAAAAUUGAUCACCACCAGGCGUCUCGGGUGAUUGGUACUGGGACUUUCGGAUGUGGGAGUACAAUUGUUGAAGGAGAGGACUUUAUUGCUGAAAAUAUCACUUUUGAGAACUCUGCUCCUGAGGGUUCAGGCCAAGCUGUUGCAAUCAGAGUUACGGCUGAUCGUUGCGCUUUCUACAAUUGCAGAUUCCUUGGAUGGCAGGAUACUCUGUACUUGCAUUAUGGGAAGCAGUAUCUGAAAGAUUGUUACAUUGAAGGAAGCGUGGAUUUUAUUUUUGGCAACAGCACUGCUCUUUUGGAGCAUUGCCACAUCCACUGUAAGUCUGCAGGUUUCAUAACUGCACAGAGCAGGAAAUCUUCGCAGGAGACAACUGGUUACGUGUUCUUGAGAUGCAUAAUCACUGGCAACGGAGGCACUUCUUAUGCGUAUCUAGGACGUCCAUGGGGACCUUUUGGGAGAGUGGUAUUUGCAUUCACAUAUAUGGAUGGAUGCAUCAAACAUGGAGGCUGGAAUAACUGGGGUAAAACUGAGAAUGAAAGAAGCGCUUGCUUUUAUGAAUACAGGUGUUUUGGGCCAGGCAGCUGCCCAUCAAAGCGGGUGACAUGGUGUAGAGAACUGAUAGAUGAGGAAUCAGAACAGUUCCUCAUGCAUAGUUUCAUCGACCCAGAUCCAGAAAGGCCUUGGCUUGCUCAGAGGAUGGCACUGAGAGUACCAUAUUCUGCUUGAAAGCUACAAUCGAAAUUCACCUGCAGUUGAAUCUCUACAAAUUCUCACAGAAAUGAGGUUACUGAAACCUUGCAUCCGUCAAUGAAUAAACUAUGAAGAAUGUGGUGGAACAUUGCAGCGGUGCCUUUUUGUUCAUAAAUAUAUGACCUUCCUUGCAGACAGUGUUUGUCCAUGUCAAAGAAUUCUAGUGUUAGGCUUGUCAGAUUAUGCCCCAUGGUUAUGUACCUAUUUCUUUAAUUCACUUAGUCUUAUCAUGGCGGAUUGCUGUUUCACUUUCAUUAUUAUGAAUAUUGUUGAAAUGACCAAGAAUUCAACAAGCCUAGACAAUCAUGGAAAGACGAAUGUUUAUGAAAAUUUCCAUUUAAAUAAA